AUGGAUUGCGAAACAAAAGAAAAACUUAUUGAACUAUUGCGCAAAUACGAAUGUAUUUAUAACCAAAAACACAAAGAUUAUAAAAAUUCGUCCUAUAAAAGCUUGUUAUGGGAACAAAUUGGUGUCGCAAUUGGAAUAGAAGGUACCAAAGCCAAGGACGCCUGGAGAACGUUGAGAGACGGAUAUAUUAGGCACAAAAAACAAGUGAAAGGACAAACGGGUUCGAGUAGGAAAUAUUCAAAUUAUACAUGGAGUUCCCACAUGACAUUUCUUGAUGGAACGCUCGAGCUACGACCUACUGGAUCUAAUGUUAGACCUACGCAGGAAUGCUCUGAUCCGCCACAGUCUUCAUUGGCCGGACGAUCUCAAUCACCGUCACCACCUCCACAACGACCACCAUCUUCACCACCACCUCCAACGGAACCGCAAACACCAGUUGCACCACAAUCUCGGCCAUCUUCGCAAACACAACAACAACCAAGUACAUUGCCGUCGUCAACGCCACGUACAACAAAAAAAAGGAAUGACAGCGACACGGGAAGGGAGUGGGAUAGUGUUGACCAUUUGUUUAUGAGCUAUGCUAAAACUUUUAAAAUAUCACUUAGAAAACAAGGCAAAAUAAAAGUUGAGUUGGCAAAAAUGUUCGCUGAGGCUGAAUUGGAUGAUUUAGAAAAUAAUGUAACAACUAAUCCCGACCUAAACAUUGAACCCUCCUCACCGGUAAUAAUUCUGUCUCCGGCGUAUUCCAUAAUAUCUGACGAUUCAGGUGAUCCAAGCCAGUCUUUAUUGUUCAAUAACUCUCAAGAAGAAGUACCCACUGCAAACCAAGUUGAUAUUAGCGUAAUAGCCGAUGAUGACACACAGGUCCUUGAUCUAUCACAUUUAUAA